AUGGCAGAAGAAGAUAGGAUGAGUGGUUUACCCGAUGAAUUGCUAUGUCAAAUUCUGUCAUUUUUACCCUCAGAGGAAAUCCCGAGCACAAGCCUUCUCUCAAAGCGAUGGAGGCGAGUCUGGCUAGGGAUGCCAAAUGCAGAUAGAAUCAGUAUUUUACCUGAUGAACUGCUAUGUCGCAUCCUAUCUCUUUUGCCUGCAAAACAAAUCAUGGUCACAUCCCUUCUCUCAAGGCGCUGGAGAUCACUCCGUCCAAGAAUGACGGAAAUCAACAUUGAUGACACUAGCUAUAUCCAUGACCGCGAUGCCUAUGACAGAUAUUAUCAUGUCAUCGCCUUGUUUUUGUUUGAAAUGAAAAUCCAUCAUCCUAUCAUGAAAACUGUUACUAUUCUCUCUGCAUCUCCCUUCUUUAAUCCGUUACCUUUAUGGCUUAAUUGUCUCAAAGUUCAACAUCUCGAUGUAACUUCUUCCGCCACCCUUUGCCUUUGUGUACCAUAUAAGGUUCUAACUUCCACAGCUCUCGUUGUUUUGAAGUUGAAUGCCUUGACUAUAGACUAUGUUCAUAGAUCUUCUACUAAUUUGCCUUCCCUUAAAAUCCUCCACUUGACCCAAGUUCAUUUUCUAAAGCUUAAAUUUCUCAUCAAGAUUCUCUCCAUGUCUCCGCUUCUUGAGGAUCUUCUCUUGAAAGAUUUACAAGUUACAGACAAUACUCUUGCUCAGGAUGAUGCUGCUGCUUUGAAACCUUUCCCCAAACUGCUUAGAGCAGACAUUUCUGACUCUUGUAUUUCUCCUCUUUUACUGCCCCUCAAACUCUUUUAUAAUGUCCAUUUUCUACGCUCUCAACUACAAACACUAGAGGAACAACAAGACACUCAGUUUCUCAGUUUAACUCAUUUGGACCUUAGCUUUGAUCAUGGAUAUUACUGGAUUUCCCUAAUCAAAUUCAUAUGCGCCUGCCCCUCUCUUCAAACUCUCACCAUUCGCAAGAUUGGAGGAGGCUAUGGAUUAUUAAGUAAUGAUGAUCACAAUAACUGGCCGCAUCCACAAUUUGUCCCCCAAUGCAUUUCAUCACAUCUACAAAUGUUCUCUUUUAUUAAUUAUGGAGGCAACCUAAGCGAGCUUCAAUUCACCAAAUAUGUUGUCCAAAAUGCAACUCUCUUGCGCAACGUCACCAUCUACAGAAAUACCUCUUCAAAUCCACCCAAGGACCUUCAAAUCAUCAAAGAAUUACACUACUGUCAAAAGGAGAAGAAAGAGGAUUCCGUUACCCACCAACUUCAUUUUGAAUGGAUCUAG